AAAUUAUUGGAACUGAAACAAGGCUUCAGAUGGCGUUAACAAUUUGCUCUUCGCUUUGGACUGCAAUGGCAUGAGGCUCACAGGUUUCUGCUGAAUCGAUUGGCAAGCAAGGCAUGAGUGAUUACUAAAAGCUAUAAAGCACUGUGUAGUGAUUGCUAUUUCUUGAAUGGCGGGAACUGGAUUUUGUUCAACGGCACCGACGCCAUUGGUUAGGUCGUGGAGGACUUCCUUUUUGACGCUGAGGGAUGAAACCCUAACUAUCCCUUUGCGUAAUUCUACGGCUCAAAUGCUUGAUAAUCUCAUUUUCUCCCAUUCUAACUCUUUGGUGUCUGCCGCUCUUGAACUUCCUUCUCACGAGGUUUUUUCGGACAUUUUGUUUAUGAUGGAUUUGGUUGCUGCGACCUCUUUUGAGGAAAAAGAGUGUACUCAUAUCUAUACACAGACAUCACGCUUGAUUCAUGAUAUAUGUCGCCGGGUUUCGUUCGAUAUAAAUUUCUCCUCGUUUAGUAAUAUUCUCAGUUGUUUCGGGAAGAUUUUUCAUCUUUUUCUUGCAAAAAUAGCUACUGGGGACGAGUUAACCGGAAUUUACUGUACUGCUGCAAUGGUUCCCGCUAUCGAGUGCUUACAGUCUAUCAGAUGCAUUAUUACUUUAUCUCAUCGAAGAUGGUUGCAGUCUGAAGAUACUAUACUGGUUAAAUUUCUACUUGAUGUAAUUGUUAGCUCUCAUGGUAUGUCAUGUUGGAUACCUCGUUCAGUGUGUAAAGAAAAAUCUACUGCAAUUAAUACGAGAUUUUCCACGGAAAGAAGUUCAAGCGAAUUACAGACAUUGGCUUUUGAGAUGCUUAGUGAAGCAAUCUCAAGAGCUGGGUCAUCCUUCCCAGUUGAUAUCUGGAGAUCAAUUCUUGAGGUUUUCAGAAAAACAAUGGAUGUCUUGGCAUUAAAAACCCCAGUUGUGGAAGAUAGUGUUAUGUCCAGGUUUUAUGAAUCUUUUAUGUGCUGUCUGCAUCUGAUCCUUGUUGAUCCUAAAUGUUCUAUUUCCGAUCAUGUGUCAGUUUUUGUUUCUGUUCUGCGAAUGUUCUUAAUUUAUGGCCUUUCUGGUAGAGCACCAGGUGGUAGUCUUUUGCUUGUUGGUCAUGAGGAGAAGGCGCCAAAUAAUAUGAGUCCCAGGGCAAGCUCGAUACAACUGAACAAAUCAGAUCAUGGCACAUAUAGGCCUCCACACUUGCGCAAAAGGGACUGCUUAAAUGUGAAGCACAAUAGAGCUGGGCAUUCCCAAUAUAUCUCAGAUAAUGAAUCUUCUAUUAUUCUUACAUCUUCAGAUUCAGAUUUUAGUGAUGGAGAUGGAUCAGCUAAGGAUAGUGGCAGAGUGAAGAACUCUAGGAUUAGAGUAGCCGCCAUAACUUGCAUACAGGAUCUUUGUCAAGCUGAUUCUAAAUCUUUAUCCAUGCAAUGGUCCUUGCUUUUGCCAACGAGUGAUGUACUACAACCUAGGAUGUGUGAUGCAACUUUAAUGACAUGCUUGCUAUUUGAUCCUUGUUUAAAGGCACGUAUGGCAUCUGCAUCCACGCUACUGGUCAUGUUGGAUGGUCUCUCUGCUACUUUCUUGCAAGUAGCAGAAUAUAAGGAAUCUAGCAAAUUUGGAUCUUUUAUGGCACUUUCAAGCUCCCUUGGGAAGAUUUUACUGGAACUUCAUAGAGGUGUUCUUUACUUAAUAGAGCAUGAAGCUUAUCAUAAAUUGCUGGUUUUGUUAUUCAAGAUGUUCAGGCUUGUGAUAUUAUCUACACCAUACUCCCGAAUGCCACCAAAUUUGUUGCCUACUGUUGUUACAUGUCUUAGGACAAGGAUUGAAGAAGGGUUUCAGUUGAAAAGUGACCAGAAUAGUUUGUUGGCGGCUGCUAUUGGUUGCUUGACAUUAGCUUUGUCUACCUCACCGUCUUCUGCUCAUAUAAAAAAGAUGCUUUAUGAUGAGGUUUCUUCAGGUUAUAUUGAGACUGGAAAGAAGUCAGGUGUUCUGUCUAUGUUAUUUGAAUAUUCAAUGCAACGGAGUUGUCCAACCAUUUGCCUUGAGGCCCUUCAGGCACUUAAAGCUAUAUCCCACAAUUAUCCUAACGUAGUGACUGCAUGUUGGGAACAAGUUUCUGCUAUUGUGUAUGGCUUCCUUAGCGCUGUAUGCCUUGAAAUUCCUUCCUGGCAGUCAAGUGAACAUGUUGGUAGUCCUACUUCAUUUAUUAGUGAAAAAGUUCUUGUCACUGCUAUUAAGGUUCUAGAUGAGUGUCUUCGGGCAGCAUCUGGGUUUCAAGGAACGGAAGAUCUUUCAGAUGAUAAAUUGGUGGGUUUUCCUUUUGCAUCUGAUUGCAUAAGGAUGAAGAAAGUGUCAUCUGCUCCCUCAUAUGAGCUAGAAUGCAAAGAUGACAAUAUUGUCAACUUUGAAACUUAUGAAUCUGGCAUUCAGCAAUGGUGUGAGACAAUUGAGAAGCAUAUGCCUCUUAUCUUGUAUCACUCUUUGGCAAUGGUGAGAGCUGCAUCAAUUACGUGUUUUGCGGGUAUGACUUCUUCUGUGUUCAUCUCUUUCACUAAGGAGAAGCAAGACUUCAUUUUAUCUUCCUUAGUGCAUGCUGCUAUACAUGAUAAUGUGCCAUCAGUGAGAUCUGCUGCCUGUCGGGCCAUUGGUGUCAUUUCAUGUUUUCCACAAGUGUGUCAAAGUGCAGAGGUACUUGACAAGUUUAUCCAUGCUGUUGAGAUUAACACUCAUGAUGCCCUAAUCUCAGUUAGGAUAACAGCUUCGUGGGCAUUGGCAAAUAUAUGUGAUGCUAUUUGUCACUCGGUCAGAAUCCUUCCCUUUGGACAGAUGGAUUCAAACUCUAACCCCCAGCUGAUUGUAUCGUUGAGUGAAUGUGCUUUGCAUCUUACCGAGGACGGAGACAAGGUUAAAUCUAAUGCUGUAAGGGCUCUGGGGUAUAUUUCAAGAAUCUUUAAAUGUCCAACAUCAAAAUUUCAAGACAUGUCAGUGGACUACCGUGACCAGAAGAUUGGUGCCCAUCUCACUAGUGAGAAUCUACUGGUGUGUCCACAGCAUUGUGCAUCGGAUUCCUGGCACGAUUUUCAUAGGCUAGAGAGAAUAGUUAAGGCAUUUCUUUCUUGCAUUACUACGGGGAAUGUUAAGGUCCAGUGGAAUGUUUGUCAUGCUCUAGGCAACCUAUUCCUCAAUGAGACAUUGAGGCUGCAAGAUAUGGGCUGGUCUCCAGAUGUGUUUGGUAUUCUUCUGCAACUAUUACGUGAUUCAUCAAAUUUUAAAAUCAGGAUACUAGCUGCUGCAGCAUUGGCUGUGCCAGCGUCUGUGCAAGAUUAUGGUCAAUCCUUCUCAGAUAUUUUGCAUUCUGUUGAGCAUGUAAUGGAGAAUAUAGAUGAAGACCAAAUUUCAAGCCCAUCAAAUUUCAAGUACAGGGUGUCAUUUCAAAAACAGCUUACCAUGACAAUGUUACACAUUCUACGCUUUACCUCGAGCACAAAUGAUCAACAGCUGAAAGAUUUUCUAGUGAAGAAAGCAUCGAUCCUUGAAGAUUGGCUCAAGGGAUUAUGCUCAUCUGGUGAGAGCAUGGUUGAUGUUCAAGAUAAGUCCGUUGCAGACCGAAAAAAAGUAAUGAUAUCCAGCGCAAUACAGUCGUUAAUAGAAGUGUACGAAGAAAAACAACAGGAUGCAAUCGCUCAGAAGUUUGAGGAAUUGAAGAAUAAUAUAUGAAGGUGCAAAUGAAGGGCCAUGGGAGCCUUUUUAUCGUGAGCACUUGUUUCAGGUUUUGGGAAUGAUUAUUGUUACACGGCAUACACUUUAUGUAAUAAUGAAGAUCAAGACCUUUUACUAUGCUAGACUUCGAAAAUAUAAAUCUGAGUUGUUAGAUAUAAGC